AGCGCGGCCAUAUUCCCUCUCGUGGCUCACUCUCGUCCGCAGGAGGUAGGAAAGGUGGUGCGCGGUUCCGGCGGUGACCGAAUUUUCCAGGGAGGCGAUGGUCGCGACGCGCGCGUGCAUUUCGUAACGGUCGUCGUGCAGUGACGGGUGCAGGGAGUGAGGAACGGCUAAUCAUGCCCAGGGAAGGCGGCAAUCCGGCCGGCAGGCGACCGUCGUCGCGCAACGCGAAGCCCUACGACGCGAACAACUCAUUUGUAAGAAAGGUAGCAACCAAGGUAACAGAUUUUAUACCACAAUCGUCGUGGAUCAGUAAGUGGUUCAAUACCUCUCAGAGUAAUGAGGAUGCGUUAGAAGGUAGAGGGAGUGUUGAGGAGGCAGAAUUUGAGGAUGAUGUGCAGCAACCACCUCCUAGCAAGCGAUCGCGCAUUCGUAUGGACGUGAUUCAUCCACCUGGCACAUUCUCUAUACAAACGAGAGUUAAAACUGCUUUGAACACAGUUGAUCCCUCUAAAGAGCGGUAUUCUGUUCAUAAUGAAAUGACGGAAGAUUUUAUGGAACCUGCAACAGCUGGACCAAGUGGAAUAGGCCGUUUAAUAUCAUCGACUCCUGCGGUACAAGCAGACAUUAGGACUGUAACGUCGCAUAGGUCUGACUUAAAUUCGUUUGUUUCGCCGACUAAUAAUGGAAUAGCAAAUGGAAUGGACGAUAAUUCGGAAUCCAGUGAAAGUACUAGUGGAUGCAGUUCGCUUAUUCCACAGAUAAAUAGGCACGAAGGCCCAUCAAACUUGUUGUAUAGUUCAUCGUUUACUAGUAGAAAGAGGCACGUCGAUGAUAAAUUGACAUUUACUAAUCAUUUACAAUCUCCAAGGUCCUUGUUUCUAGACAGUAAUUCUCGCGAUACUUUAAGCAGUCGUAGGCCGAGUUUUAACGCAUCAAUUAUAACCAACGCUGCAGACCGUGCAUCUCCGCUAUCCUCCCCUUUUUAUAGUGGUAAUAUUACUUUCGGGGGUGCAAAUGCGGCAGGUCUUUACAAACGAAGUCGAAAUAUUUUUAACAAUUCAAACGAGAUACAACUUAAAGUACCAAGGAGAACAAGUGUGGAAGUUAAACCUUCCGAUGCAGUAGGAGUCGAUUCGUCGGGUAUGAGUCAAACCGCCAAAAAGAUAUUGGAAGCACUGGAACAUUUCUCCUCGCCAAUAUCCGACGCGAAGAAAAUUCCGUUGAAAAACACAAAUAAUGCCGUGUCUUCGGUGAGCAGAAAAAGACCGCGAGAAGAGAUAGCAAGUCCAUCCGCUAGAAUCGGUUUGCGGCAUUUGACGCGUGAAUUAACAGUACCAACCGUCCCCGAUAUAUUGAAAUUAAGACGAAGACAAAAGUUACAAGAUACAACUCUUGUGGCUAGAAAAAUCGUUUCCGCUCGUAGCGGUCCACCCCCACCUCCGCAGGAAUAUCGGUUGAGGACGGAGGAUACCGAUAACGAAAAGUACCGCGGCAAGUUAAAGGGCAGAUCUAAAGUAUGUUUAGAAAAACAGGAACCAGUGGCGCCUGUAAAUUUACCGAACAUACCUCUGCCAAUAACAACGUUACCUACCUUCAAUUUCACCCUAUCACCCCCUGCUUUACAUUCCGCAGGCAAAACUGUAGCAAAUAAGAAAAACUCUUUCACAUUUGCUAGCCCUAUUAAGGUAACCGACGCUGGGAAGAGUUUGCAGUCUGUCAACAAUUUCACCUUCAGUAAUCCGAUUAACGCUGAAGACGGUGCGAAUAAUACGGCUGAUCCGAAUUCACGUUCUACAGAGAACGAAGUUACUAUUGAUUAUGCGAUUACAUCCAUGCCGAAUUUCAUUUGGACUGGCUCAUCCACAGCGCCCAGAUUAAAAGCGAAGGUAAAAACCAGCAAGGAUGAUUCCGCUAGUUCUGCGAUGCUGCAGAAAUUGAAAUCGGAACGUGUCGCGGAUGUACUUUCGAAGUCUAACAAAACGAAAUCUAAUUUAAUUGGAGAGUCAAACUCGGAAUUAGCGUUUGAAACGACACACACUGACAAAACUGCUAGCACAUCCUUCAGCUCGGAUUCUGAUAUUACAAGCAUGUAUGGUACAGAAUCGUCUUGGGAGUGUAGUGAAUGUAUGAUUAGGAACAAUGGUACAGACAAACAGUGCGCUGCAUGUAAAAUUUCUCGAUCCAAUCCUAAUGACAAAACUUCAUUACCCUCGACAUCGACAACAGAUAUAGUCGUAGAAACAAAGCCAGUCGCGCCCGAUUGUUUCGGGUCUCAAUUUAAACUGUCUACAAAUCAAUGGGAGUGUGCGGCUUGCUGUGUAAGAAAUAAACAGAGUGAUGCCGCAUGUGUAGCGUGCACUACACCAAAACCGGGAAGUAGUUCUACGAUGCAACAAACUGUUAAAUCUCAACAUUUCGAUCUAAUGGAGAAGUUUAAGCCCGUCGAAGGAUCGUGGGAGUGCUCCGGUUGUUUAUUAAGAAACGCCGCGAACGUUAUUACGUGUCCUUGUUGCAAUACAUCUAAACCUACUUCUAUAAAAACAAAACCGAAAAUAACAGGUGAUGUUACAGAAUCAUCUACGCAAAAGUUAGGAAUCACGGUAACGCAAGAUACAUCUAAUAAUUCCGAAAUAAUGAACAAAUUUAAACCGAGCAAAUAUUCCUGGGAGUGUCCGGGAUGUCUUGUUAGAAAUAACAGUUCUGUUACCGCCUGUCCUUGCUGUAGCACCCCUAAGCCUGGUUCUGCCGGAGCGCCGAGCAAAGUGGAACAGGCAUCGAGUAACGGGUUUGGGGACAAAUUUAAGAAACCAGAAGGUGCAUGGACUUGCGAUUCUUGCUUGCUACAAAAUGACGCGAAGCAUACGGAAUGUGUGGCUUGCCAAGCUUUAAAGCCUGGCACUGUAAAAUCAAACGAAUCUUCAUCGAAUACUAGUUCUACCUUGCAGUUUAAGUUUGGUGUACCAUCUGGUGCAACAACUUUAACUUGCCAUUCAGGUGGAUUUAAAUUUGGCAUAGAUACAUCUGACAAUCAAUCUAAAUCCGACACAGCGUCUCCGUUAAACGGAUUCAAAUUUGGUAACGCACAGCAGAAUACCGGACAGUUUACAUUUGGCAUUCCAAAGGAAGGUAACAAAGCUGUAAGUGAAGCAGCUAAAACCAAUAGUGUCACUACUUCUAGUUCUUCUAGUAGUACAGGAUUUCUGUUCAACGUGAAAAAUUCCGAAAAACCCGAAUCCGAUCAGGGUCCGGGAACUAAACGGGAAAUACUUUUCGGCAUGCCGAAAAAUGAUGGUUUAACAACCGCAAGUGAGAAACAGAAUACAAACGUUGUGUCGAGCGCUCCAUCGAUCGCUCCUUCUUUCUCCUUUGGCAUGCAGAAACCAGGCUUUAAUCAGCCCGCCCAAAUUUGUCCCCCCAAAAAGACGUCCUUUGCAACCGCUGUAACAGAAGCCUCCAAGCCAGCAACAACUGAUGCAGUACCAGUUAGUACUAAUACGACAUUGCCAUCGUUACUGACGCAGAAAAGUGUUACGAAGAAUAUAGACGGAAAACCGGAACCGUUAUUUUCAUUUGGAGUACCGAGCAGUGUAAGCGCUGCUACCACAACUUCCACGAAUGCAACGACUACUUGUCUUCCAACUUUUGCUCAACCUACCUUCACAUUUUCCGACUCAAAGACAUCUCAGCCAGCUGUCACGGUACCGUCAUUUGGUCAGAUUCCGACGUCAUCCGCCGCGUUAUCCACGAGCGGCUCGUUCGAAGGAAACAAAGCAACCGAGGCUACCCCGUCGACUAACAAAGCCACGAACGAUACACCGGUCGCCACGCUCUUCCCGAUCGUCUCGAGCUCCACGCCACUGUUCAACAAUGAAUCGAAGACGACGAUAGCAUUCAGCACGGAUAAGCCGACGUCGUUUACCACGACGGGCGGUAAGCCGUCAGGAUUUGCCAUGCCCGAAAACAAAGUUCUGUCUUUCGGCGCCGAGGGUAAACCACCGAUUUUCGGUACGCCGGAAACGAAGUUACCCGUAUUCAAUUCACCCGCGGCAAAUCCUCUGUCGACGUUCGGUACGCCGUCUAACAGUGCCACUUCGUUGCCGUUUGGAUCAAGUAAUACCCCGACCUUUGGAAAUACUGGAAAUACCACGUCCACUUUCGGUGGUGCUACGACAGCAUCCACUAUGUUUUCAACUACCAAGCCCAGCGAGACUAAUGCUGCUGCUGCUGCUGCUGCGUCGAACUCUUCUUUAUUCACGUUCGGCUCGGCUUCGUCGCAACAAUCGACAAGCGGCGGAUUUAACUUCUCCACGAAUGUCAAUCCAGCCGCGUCGUCUUCUGCGAAGCCGACGCUCUUCACGUUUGGUUCAAGCAGUUCAAGUACGCCGCAGAGUAGCAACAAUACGUUCGGUAGUGGUACAUUUGGAGCUAACUCCGCUCCAACAAAUGCUGCCAAUUUUGCGUUUAAUCCAUCUAAACAAGAAACACCGGCGACGGCAUUCGGUCAAGGUGCUGCAACAACACCAGCAGCAGCAGCAACUCCGAUAUUCGGUACCCCACAGGCAAAUCCGCAGACUCAAGCAACGUCAUCGUUCUCGUCGACUCCAUCGUCCAGUACAGGAUUCAAUUUUGGACCUACAGCUCCAGCUGCUGCGACGUCGGGAGGUUUUAACUUCGGAGGAAUGUCAUCUACACCUGCGUCGACCGGAGGAUUCAAUUUUAAUUCUCCUGCUACUACUCCCGCAGUAGCUUUCGAUCCAAAUAGUCGGCCUUCGUUCAACUUCACCAAAGGAAGUGCACCAACGACAUUUAACGCUACUCCACAAUCGGCAGCAGCACCACGGAAAAUCAAAAAAGCAUUUCGAAGAUGCGUGCGGUAGAGAGCAUAUGACAACACGUUCACGCAUACAUUCAGGUGCGUCUCCACAUCUGUCUGUGUAUCUGAGUGUGUCUCUGUAUGUUAAGCAUUAUAUAAAAUGAUGUACAAUGAAAUUCUGUCAUACAUCAAAUAAUUGCAGUGUGGUGGUAUAUACCAAGCAUCUUUGUAAUAUAGUAACCCGAAGCUAACCGAACAUGCUUGCGUACAACCACUUGUGUUCUCUCUCUCUCUGCAGGAAGUGUAAAUUAUAAAUUAUUUAAAUUAUACAAGUUAUAACGAAAAUAAUAUCUUGGAGUUGGCAUAAAGCCAGUAAAUCGUGAUGGCGUUGCAUUACUGAGACCUUACCAAAAAGUUGGACGUGAUGUACAUGUAUUGACAUGACGUUACUCAAAAUAGCAUACAUAUUUGCCGAAAUUGAAAAGUACCUCGAUAAAGAAAACUAAUAAGCACUCAAUGUGUGCAAUUGAAGGUAAAUACUAGUGGGAAAUUACCACCUGUUCAGGUAAGUAUAAGUCAGCCACAGCUCGUAGCACGCUUUGUAGAAGAGUCUUGAUGUGAGACUUAUUGAGUUUAAAAGCACUAUAUACUCAGGCAUCGUAAUUUUUUAACUAAACAUAUACAAGUUAAAAUAGUUAAACACUAACACUUGAAUCUUUGAAUCUUUAUAUUUUCAGAUAAGUUGGUUAAUUAUUAUUUUUUCAAAAUUUUACAUGAUUUUAUGUAACUAAAUUAUCAUUAAGUGUUUAUGACGAUGCCAGCUUAAAAACAUUUCUAGAACAUUGUGACAUUACGAGCAUUGUGAACUGACUAUAUAUCAAUAAAGUCCCACACAUACAUAUAUACAUAUAUAUAUAUAUGUGUAUAUAUAUAUACAUUUAUAUAGAUAUUAAUUAUAUUUCAAUUAGAAUUUCGUGGGCAGCCCUACACAAUCUCUGUAGAACUAGUCCAGGAAAAGUGUAAUAUACACAAAAAUGGCAUUCGGAUAGUACAAACUGACGAUUACUGAACGUUUCCAUUGAGUAGUCGAAAUUAUAUAUAUUUUUUUUAUAUAUUGAAUGAAAUAAUCCUAUAAGAAAAUACUGAAUGCCAUUUUAAUAGGAUUAAAUAAUGUUGUGUGUUUUACCACGGAGUGAGUGAAAUAAAUUUGAAAGAAGAAUAUGUGUUAAAUGGAGAUAAAUUAUUACGGGACUUCUAAAGAAUUUCUUUCUAAUAUUUUAUCGGAUAUAAUUCUUAUUUUCGACAAAUUUUUGGAUUUUUCAAAUUAUGUACUAUUUUUUUUAUUUAUUAAUGUAUACUUAUAUAUAGUGGGACGUUAAUAAAUUUCGGUUAAUAAAUUUUGGAAGGUUCGAUUUAAUUUAAACCUAAUGAGAUGUUCACUUAUCUCAUUUUAGAUAUUGUUAAAAUCAAAAUAAAAAAUUUUUAACUACAUAUUU